AUUACCUCUUCUUCUGAGAUCUGCUUGGUCUUCUGGAGGGGAAGACUUGUCUGGGCAAACACCUUUUUCCACUGACUGUGUGGAAACACUCAAGACCAGUUGGACCAUUAAGCCCGCAGCUCUUCAAACACUUUAUGAUUCUUAAAUCUUGUGGGAACACUUCUAGAUUUUAAAUUGCAGUUAUAUAACUAAAGAAACUCAUCAACAUAAAAAAAGUUCUGCUGCCACAAAGGAGGACCCUCAAGUGGACGGGAGAUCGCUCUUCUGUUCCUUCAUUGGACCCCCAUCAGAAAACUACAGUAAAGGUGCUCUUUGGGUAGGACUGUGGUGGUCUGCUGCGGCGUUACCAAACCCAGGUGCAUGUCUGUACACAGAUCCACUGCAUCUUUUUCAGAGAGGGAAGAGCCACCGUCAUGGGCCAUGAGUUGCUGCUGGGUAACAGUCUUCAAAACCCCUUGGCAUGGAACACCUAAAAUGGGGAGAAGACUGGCUGCAGAGCUGCAAGCUGAGCUCUAAUCAUUAAGAGGAACCCCUUCUUCUAUUCCCACUCACAUUUGGCCUGCUUGCCCUUCAAUUGCAGCUCCUCCAGUCUGAAUUUGAACUGCCGCUUUCUCCGCUCACCUCCUUUUUUUAUUUCCCUUUUUCUACUGAGGUGAUAUCAAACCCUCCUAAUCCAAAUCAUGGCCAGUCGACUCUGUUUGUCCUUCCUCUCCCCCUCCCUGUUUCUUUCUCUCCUAUUUCCUGCACUGUUACUCCUUCACCUGCCUGGUACAGUGAAAGGGGACUGCUGGCUGAUAGAGGGGGAUAAAGGUUACGUUUGGCUGGCUAUCUGUAGUCAGAACCAGCCUCCGUAUGAGACCAUCCCUCAGCACAUCAACAGCACGGUUCAUGACCUGAGACUGAAUGAAAACAAGCUAAAGGCAGUCCUUUUUACCUCCAUGUACCGCUUCACUAACUUAACUGACCUCAAUCUAACCAAGAAUGACAUUAGUUACAUUGAGGAUGGAGCCUUUGCUGGACAAGCCAAUCUGCAGGUUCUUCAGCUAGGCUACAACAAGCUGACCAACCUGACAGAAGGCAUGUUGAGAGGUUUGGGUCGGAUGCAGUGCCUCUUCUUACAACACAACCUCAUUGAGGUCAUUGCCACCAAUGCCUUCUGGGAGUGCCCUAACCUCAGUAGCCUAGACUUAUCUUCUAACAAGCUGGCCCGUCUUGACCCAUCCACCUUUACUGUCCUUAGCAGGCUCAUGGUCUGUGAAUUGGGAGGCAAUCCGUUCCACUGUGGCUGUGAUCUCUACAGUUUUCUUACUUGGCUGGAAGAAUUUAACAAUGUCACCCAUACCUAUGAUCGUCUCCAGUGUGAAUCUCCUCCAGAAAUGAAUGGCUACCCCCUCCUGAGCCCAGUGCCUGGGCAUGGCAGAAAUGCUCGUUACAUUCUUUUAUCUGUCUGCCGUGAUGGGGUGAUUAUUCCAGGGAUGACUUCCCAAAUGCCAGACCAAGAUGGCUCAGGCUUGGGCUUUGAUAACUCAGACCAAGGUUUGUACCACCAACCAACCUUAUCAUCCACUGCUGACCCCAGCUAUAAAAAUCAAAUUUCUUUGGAGCUUGAUACAGUCACACUCUUUACUGCAUCUCUGAAAGUACAGAUUCCAGAGCCACAUAGUAAGAUGUACAUCCUGUCCCAGUACAACCAAACCUUUGCUGAAGACAUCAAGCCGCUCAAAAACAAUAAGGAGAUUGUCACUUUGGACAAGUUGAAACCACACACCAACUACACAGUCUGUGUGGUCUCUGCAAGGAAAUCUCAGCGCUACAACCAUACUUGUUUGCCGUUUACCACAAAAGCUAUGGGGCCGGAGGACCAGCGAACUAAUCCAUCCACUACAACCCACUACAUCAUGACCAUCUUGGGAUGUUUGUUUGGCAUGGUCAUUGUGCUGGGAUUUGUCUAUUACUGCCUUAGAAGACGACGCAUCCAGGAAGAAAAAGAAAAGGCUAUAAGUGUGAAGAAGACCAUUUUGGAAAUGAGGUAUGGUCCAGAGGCAGCUGCCGCAGUAGCCAAUGACCCAGGGGCUAUUCAACGCCUGCAAGAGCAAGCUCACCACCAGCAUCGUCAUUUGGGAGGAGCAGGAGGUAAACUACCACCGUCUGCGUCUUCUAGCACUGGGAUGCUCCACGGAUCAACCAACACCAGCUCCUCCCGCCUUUCCACCUUACCCCAAGUGGAAAAGAUGGCCACUGCCUUCUCUGAAGGGAUUGCUGGGAAGGGCAAUUACAUGGAUGUUCGGACAACGGCCAAGGCAGGUGAAGGUAGAGAGGGAGUAGUGACCACUGGAGGGCCAGGAGUGGGAGGGGAAGUGGAAGUGGACAUGCGGAGUGGGGCUGAAAAUGGGACAGAAGGUGGGGAUGAUUCGGAUGAUGACGGUGGUGGCUCAGGAUCAGAGAUAUCCACAAUUGCAAAGGAGGUGGAUAAGGUGAACCAGAUAAUCAACAACUGCAUUGAUGCCCUUAAGCUGGACGCCUCAUCAAAUGCUGUAAAUGCAGCUGACAGUAGUAACUCCAUGUCGUCAUCCCAACCUCCUUGCUUACCAUCCCUACCCCGUAAUCUCCUGCCUCUGUCUCCUGGCCAUGUUGGUGAUCAGAUCAUGGCAUCUUCUCCGAAGGUGCAUCCAAAGUCCCAGCCUCACCCUCAGCUUCAGUCACAUCUUCAGUCACAACUUCAGUCCCAUCCUCAGCCUCAUCCACAGCUACUUCAGCAGCCUCAUCCCCCUUCCAUGGCCCCGGUGCCCUUGGUUAUGCCCUUGUCUGAACGGCCCGGCAUCAGUGGUGGGGGGUUUCUCACCCCUCCCUACCGUGACCCUCCCCCAGCUAAUGCAGCGCGGCCCCUUCAGAGGCAGCUGAGUGCGGACACAGCUGUGGUGAAGAACCGAUGUGGUCCACCCGCUCCAGGAUCGGUCAAGAGCUCCAGAGUCUUCAGUGUGGACGUCCCUGAGCAUCGUGGCGAUCCACCCAAGUACCCAACUGAGAAAAGCAGCCCUAUAGGUUGUGGUGGAGGAGGUGGUAGUGGAGGAGGUGGAGGUAGUGGAAUAGGGGGCUGUAAUGGCAAUGGGAAGGGAAACAUCAAUGGUGGUGGGCUGAGUUUAAACGGAAGCGGAAUGGGGUGUAAGAAUGGAAAUGGAGGUGGAUGUGGGGUUGUGGGGCCUGGACAGCAGCAGCACCACUUGGAGGUUCAACCAGACUACCACAGUUCUGAGCAUCGACACUCCUUUCCUGCCCUCUACUAUGAGGGGGGAAACGAUUCACCCUCACCCGCCCAAAAAGCGUCAUUUCUUAAACCAUUAGGGCGCACCAAGAGGGAUGCCACAGCUGCCUAUUCUCAGCUCUCACCUUCUCGUCACCACAAUUACAACUCUGGAUACUCUUCGAGUCCAGAGUAUUCCUCUGAGAGCACACUGCGCAUCUGGGAGCGAUUCCGACCUUACAAGAAAAGUCCCAGAGAGGAAGCAUCCUAUAUAGCAGCAGGUCACGCCCUGCGCAAAAAGGUGCAGUUUGCCAAGGACGAGGACCUUCACGAUAUUUUGGACUACUGGAAGGGUGUCUCUGCCCAACAAAAGCUGUGAGCAGACGAAUCAAAGUGGAAUUCUCUGUGGGAGAUUCUAAAUGAGCAUCAAGAGUGGACUAUUAAAAGGGAUAUACGUUAAUGUAGCAUGACAGAUAAUGAUGUUUCCUCAUACGUGUCCAGUACCAUGGGUCAUUCAGCUGCUGGAUCCUGAAUUAAAGAGGUAUUCUCUUUGGGUGAUAUUUAAAAUUUAGUAUUUGACAGUUCAUCUACAUUUUAAGUGGUUGUUCCCUAGGUAGGUCUUUUUCACUGAGUGAUAAUUAACAAAAAUCAAGCUGUUCACCAGCCUGCCUCAUACUGGGCACUUUGGUCUUCACAGGCUUCAGAAAACUGCUGUCUCUCUGCUAAUGAGCAAAGUUAAGGCAAUGACAAGCAAGUCUCUUCUUCCUCAUUAUUGACGCACCAGAGUCCAGCUAUCUCACUAAAGCAGCACCAUUCCUGACUUAAGCCAUGCUUCUUUUUUUCCUCUGUUUCUAUUCCACCGCUGUUCAUAAAACAGUCAUUCUGUGGCACCGCUUGCACCUGCUCUGCUACAGAUGCACCAUUUAGGGUGAUAAUGAGUGUGCAGGAUGAGAAAUUAGGUGCAUCAGUAUUAGAACAGCAUGAAUCAUCCUCUUUUGGGAAAGCAUUAAAUGAUACUUAUCAGGCUAAUUGUUCUCCCUGGCAAUUAGCCAGUGUAGGAGAAGGUCAGGGAGCCUCUUUGUUGAGCACGCUUAUUGAUUUGAAACACCCAACUACAUAUGCUCAAUGUUUGGUGGACAUAUAGUUUCUGCAUGCUAGUGUCAGUGACUACAUGUGGGUGGGAGAGUGGGGUUUGGCCUGAGUCAUUCAUUAUUCUCAGACUCUGUAAGAGCAAACUAGACAGCCUACAGGUACAAUAUAUAACAACCCAGUUCAAGAAUGUUCUGUGUCUGUGUGUCUGGUUGAAUAAAUCAGGGUUCUGACCUGGUCGUACAUGUAAAAAAGGAUAAGAAAUGUGUUAAAAAUAUGUCCAGACACCUAUAUCCUAAAAUUCAUUUCCUAUUUGGAUAUCCAUCAUAUUUCUUCAGAUAAGAAAGACAUAUUAGAACAUUUGAUUGAAUACAUUAAACUGCUUCAUGGUGUUAUGUGAUAUGUCAUACAAACUGUAGCCCUGAAGAAUCAAACCAACAAAUCACUCAAUGCUAAAAAACAAUAAAGAUCACAGCAAUUAAAUAAUUAAAUCAAACUGAAACAUUUCUAAAAACCAAAGUGAGUUUCAGAAAUCAAAAUGAUACCGUUCGGUUGAAAUCAUGGACAAAGAUCAUCAUCAAGUCAUCAAUGUCCCAUAGUACCUACUUCUUCCGGUUUCAUUUCUGAAAAUAACUUUUGUUUUCUGAAAUAUUUUUUCUUCUUUAACAGUAACUGGAAAAGGGACUUUUCUACUACAGAACAUCACCAAUUGGAUAAAGACAUUUGUCCAUCAUUUCAACUAAAAGCUAUUAGGCAUAAAGUGAUACUUUGUUUGUUUCAUACUAAUCAUAAAACUUUUAUUAGUAUGCAGAAAAUGAAAAAACUAAAAGGUCAAAACUCAAACAUCACCAUCCAAUCAGUGUUAUCCGAUGGAACCUACCAUUCCCAGUUUCUUAUUGUGUUUCAUUUUUUAACAUUCCAUUUUGAUUUCUGGAAAUUACUUUUGUUGUUCGAAAAUAAUUUUAAUUGUGUUUUGAUUUUUAAAAUGUAAUGUUUUUUUUUUUAAGUUUUUCUUUUUUUUAUUGUUCUUUGUUAUGUUUUUGCAUUGAAUGUUCUCUUGGUCUGAUUUGGACUUUAGGACCACAGGAAAAAACACUCCAUAUUUACGAGUGAUACUCACAUGUAUGUGCAGGUGAAGGUCUUCUAUUCCUGCAUCUCAUUUUGCUUCUGUUACAAAGAUCAGGGUAAGUUCAAGGGUUAGAUGGGUGUGGAUGAUUUACAUUUCAUUGCCCACAAAGUAAAACCCCUUUAGUAUUUUUCUGCUACAUGCUGGAUGAAUACAAACUUCAUAAAUAAUCCCUUCUCUGUCUUGGGUAGUAGCUGGUAGUUUGCUGAUGACCAAAGUGCCCCUCGGAGGUAUGAUAAAGGUUUUCGUCCUUGUUUUGCCUUUCAGUUGAUUUCAAAACAAGAUUUUAUUUUGUGGGUUUCUCUCUCUUUUUUUAAAGUUUUGGCAAAUGUAUUUUCUUUAAAACCAGAAGGAGCAAGGCUUGGUGCAACUAAAGAGCACUGUAAAAAGGCUUACAAUUAAAUGUAUAUAAUUAAUUGUACAAAUCUUAAGUGAAUACACAUAAUUAUCCUCAUCAGUAAUCUUUGUGAUUGAUGGCACAGCCAAAUUAUUCCUUUCAGCUGACCUUUCUUAUCUCAGUUGCAUCCCAUUUUGACUAUUAUCAUUCUGACCUCUUGCUCUUUGCGCAGUGGGUUCAGUUCUUUGAAAACGUCUAAUGAAUUCCUUCCCCCUUCACGACUCGUCCCUUCCCCCACACCUCUGUUCAACUUAAUGAGCUAAAUUAAUAACUUAUUUGCAGAGGUUGAUGUCGUACCACCAUCCGAGGUCAGAGGAGCGAGCUGAAAUGAUUAACUUCACCAGACCAGCAGCCUUAUUGAAAUUAAUGACAGCUGCCCUCCUUUUGGCAGACGCCGCUUUUUUUCUCUUUUUUUUUUCGUGCGCCACUCAUCAGAUUUCCAACUAUGUUCCACCCACUCCAUUUUCUCUACAUCCAGCAGGCAGCACAGGUCUUUAGGCAAAUUCUCUGAAUAACGGAGGGCAGUUUCACACUUCUCCAUGACUGCAGUGUUAGACUGACUGGGUCAGGGAUCUAACCUCUCAUCGUUAUUCAAACUUUUUAAAAAGAGUAAUUUGGUCACAAUUGGACAAUCUUUCACACCUGCAAGGAAUACAUGUUUUACUUGAUUUUUGCUCAUUUUUAGAUCAAGGUGUAAAUUAACCUUGUUGCUCAAGGUGUAAAUUUAGUGCAGAAAAUGUGUGGAGAGUUAUGCUCUGCUAAGGACGUAAAAGUUUCAACUUAAUUACAUUUCCAAAAGUAGAACAUGAAUUAGUUGUGCCUACACUCUUAUUUUCAGAUUAGUUUAAAGCUUUGCCUAUAUCCAAUUUGUGCCCAUAGGCAUAGGCUCCCACGUUAUCUUGCAACUUUAUUUAGGUGAAUAGGGUUCCAAUAAAAUUUAUUUAAGCACUAAGUUGGAUGAUCUGAAUUUAUUAUAUAUACUGUUUUAUUCUUCAACCUUUUAAUGUGUGUGACGUUCAAUGAACCACCAAUCAAUUGGUUCCAAAUUAGUACCAAAGGCUAAAAAGAGGGAAAAGGGUUUCAGAAAAAUAAAGAACAAAAUGAAUAAAGGUGAAUAUUAUAGUGCUUCGGGUAAGAUUGGUCAUCUUUUUUUCUAUUUUUUUAUUUGUUUGUCUUAUCUUAUGCAUCAACCCUUUUUUUAACCCUUUAACACCUGAGAUGUCACCGGUGACUCACACACAAAAUCUUUAACAUACUGUAACUUUUCAACUGUCAACACGAUCAAGGUAAGUCCAGGAGAUUUUGAAGGAGAAAACCGAUGCAAAAUCUACUGGGAUUGUCGUGUUAACGGUUGAAAAGUUACAGUAAGUCAAGGAACAUAAACCUUGGAGCUCCGGUGUCAAAGGGUGAACUAUGUUGUGGUCAUUGUCCAUGUAUGUAUUACUUUUCCCCCAAAAUACUGUUGGCUUGUGUUCAAAUGCAGCUGUUUGUAAUAGAAAACAUUUAGAUUUUGACAGUAAUAUCCAAGUCUUGCUCCUAUGUACAUGUUUUAUUUAUUGAUUUAUUAGUAAGUGAAGUGUGUAUGACCUCGAUGAUGAAGUUCCACUAAAUAAGACACAGAUUUUUGAUAAAUUUAGGAUUGCAGAUGGUGAAAGUCAUCUGUGUUGCUUUUUUUU